GACCAAAAAAUCAACAACUCCUCUCAUUAGAAUUUAUCAAGACAUAUAUCAAGAAAUGGAGAGCUAUAUUGAAACAGAAUUGAUUAUUAAUCACAAGGACACAGAGUUAAGGUUGGGAUUACCUGGAAACGAUGAUGAACAAGAUAAACAUUCAUGCAAUAUUGGAUCUGUUGUUAGAAGCAAUAAGAGGUCUUUUUCACCGGAAACAAGUGUUGAAGAGUCUUCCAUCUGCAAUGCUUCUAGUUCCUCAACCACAAGUGAUCAUGACCAAUGCACUCUUCAACCUUCAAAGGUACAAGUAGUUGGAUGGCCAUCAAUUAGAUCGUUUAGGAAGAACAGUUUACAACAAAAGAAAGUGGAAGAUGGAAGUAGAAUGUACGUGAAAGUGAGCAUGGCUGGUGCACCUUACUUGAGAAAGAUAGAUCUCAAUGUUUACAAAAGCUAUUCAGAACUUCUCUUAGCUUUGGAAAAUUUGUUCAAGUGCACAAUUGGUGAAUAUUCAGAAAGAGAAGGGUAUAAUGGAUCUGAGCAUGCACCUACUUAUGAAGAUAGGGAUGGUGAUUGGAUGUUGGUUGGAGAUGUUCCAUGGAACAUGUUCAUAUCCUCUUGCAAGAGGUUUAAGAUAGUGAAAGGAUCAGAGGCAAAGGGGUUAGCAUGUUUAUGACCAAAAAAUCAUGGAUGCAUCUUCUAAAGCAUGCGCGAAGCAUAUGAAGUUAAACAUAGAGAACGGAUGGUCCAGUAAAUGUGAAUGUGGAAAACAUCUGAUCUCGAUCUCGAUCUCAACAAUACAAUCAUAGCGUGAAAAACAUAGCUGUCAGAGAAAUGGAAUUUGAGUUCUAUAUAAGUGGCUUUUGAGGCUUCAUUUCUUAAUAUAAUAAGCCUUUCAGAGACUUCUA